CCCUUUUCAAUUAGUGCAUCGCCGAGGCUCAAGUCCCGGGUCAACCCGAGGCCAUGGGUGCCGCCCAAGGGGGCAUCGGUGCGGCGGCGGGAGGCGGCGGACAAAUUGGAGCCCAAGGCGGUGGAGCGGCCGAUGCCGCCCAGGAGGGACCCGGAGCUGGGAUGGCCGCUGGCAUUGGAGCAGGGGCAGAAGUGGGCGCCAGUGCCCAAGCCGGAGGAGCUGGAUAGCGCUGAGGGCGGCACUUCCGUUUGAAAUUCCAUUUGCUUGCUUUUCUAUUUGUUCGAGAACCACUUGUGCACUGGAAAAUAAUUUCUGGGAAAAAAAGGGGCCAAUAUUUCAGUAUCAAUACCCGCUUGUUGUUAAAUAAUGUUUAUCGCACUCUGAUGGCGCCAGUUUUUUGGGUAGCUCAGUGUCAUAAUUGAUUUGAAAUUCCACCCACCCCUUCUAAACCCCCUUCUGAAACACCUUCCCAUCCCCUUCCCCACCGCAUACAAAUCGGCUCACUUCAAAUAAAAGUCCCACACAAAUGAAAGCCAACAUAUACGAAUCGUUUUGGCAGUUUAAAUUCCAUUUAAUACCAUUUUAUGAAAUACACUCAAAAUGUAUCGAUUGUACCGCCGACAGGUGUAUUUAUAUGCCCGGGGCGCAAAAAUAGAAAUAGAAAACUCAUCAGCAAAUGUUAAAAAUAUCAGCACAUUUGCACAUAAAUCAAGUGAUCAAUAAAUAAAUAAAAUAUGGCAAGCACUGACACCCACAAUUUCAAUAUUGUGAAAUAUGGCAAGUGAAAAAG